CGCCAGUCUCAUUGUGGCCCUGUAGAUCUAACGCCAUCACACGCAGCGGCUACUACGGAGCAGCAGGGCGACGGAACAACAGGGCCGCCGCCGCCGCUCAGCCUUUAUUACCGACACAUUCGUUCAGCUUAAAGCGAUGGAAUACGGAGCUGUGGGACAUUAGAGCCGCUUAUAUCGGGCCUGUGUGUUUUUUUUUUUGGCGGUGCACAAAGCAAUGUGGAGGAAAUAAAGAUCGUGAUACGGCGCAUAAACCAGAGAUUAUAGAUAAUGGGCUGUGUGCAAUGCAAGGAUAAGGAGGCAACCAAACUCACAGACGACCGAGACACCAGCAUCUCCCAGGGAGCCGGGUACUGCUAUGGGGCCGACCCCACGCCGCAGCACUAUCCCAGCUUCGGGGUCACUGCCAUUCCCAACUACAACAACUUCCACGCCCCCGUCGGACAGGGGGUGACCGUCUUUGGGGGGGUCAACACUUCCUCUCACACCGGGACCCUGCGGACCCGUGGAGGGACAGGAGUCACUCUCUUUGUGGCACUUUACGACUACGAGGCGCGGACAGAGGAUGACCUGAGCUUCAGGAAAGGAGAAAGGUUCCAAAUCCUCAACAGCACUGAGGGGGACUGGUGGGACGCGCGCUCGCUGACCACCGGGGGCAGCGGUUACAUCCCCAGUAACUACGUGGCUCCAGUAGACUCCAUCCAAGCUGAAGACUGGUACUUUGGUAAACUGGGCCGCAAGGAUGCAGAGAGACAGCUGCUGUCCACCAGCAAUCCUCGGGGCACCUAUCUGAUCCGAGAGAGCGAAACCACUAAGGGGGCCUUCUCCCUGUCCAUACGGGACUGGGAUGAUGAGAAAGGAGAUCACGUCAAGCACUAUAAGAUUCGUAAGCUGGACAGCGGAGGAUAUUACAUCACCACCAGGGCUCAGUUUGACACGCUGCAGCAGCUGGUUCAGCACUACUCAGACCGUGCUGCGGGCCUCUGCUGUCGCUUGGUGGUUCCCUGCCACAAGGGGAUGCCCCGCCUCGCCGACCUGUCGGUGAAAACCAAAGAUGUGUGGGAGAUCCCACGGGAGUCGCUGCAGCUCAUCAAGCGCCUGGGGAACGGGCAGUUUGGGGAGGUCUGGAUGGGAACGUGGAACGGCACCACCAAAGUAGCGGUGAAGACGCUGAAGCCCGGCACCAUGUCCCCCGAGUCGUUCCUGGAGGAGGCUCAGAUCAUGAAGAAGCUCCGCCACGACAAGCUGGUGCAGCUGUACGCCGUGGUGUCUGAGGAGCCCAUCUACAUCGUUACAGAGUACAUGAGCAAAGGCAGCCUGCUGGACUUCUUAAAGGACGGAGAGGGACGAGCGCUGAAGCUGCCCAACCUGGUGGACAUGGCAGCACAGGUGGCAGCAGGCAUGGCCUACAUCGAGAGGAUGAACUACAUCCACAGAGACCUGCGCUCGGCUAACAUCCUGGUGGGAGACAACCUGGUGUGUAAGAUCGCCGACUUCGGCCUGGCCCGGCUAAUCGAGGACAACGAGUACACGGCCCGGCAAGGAGCAAAGUUUCCCAUCAAGUGGACGGCCCCGGAGGCGGCGCUGUACGGCCGCUUCACCAUCAAGUCAGACGUUUGGUCGUUCGGCAUCCUGCUGACGGAGCUGGUGACAAAGGGCCGCGUGCCGUACCCAGGCAUGAACAACCGUGAGGUUCUGGAGCAGGUGGAGCGGGGCUACCGGAUGCCGUGCCCCCAGGACUGCCCCAGCUCGCUGCACGAGCUCAUGCUGCAGUGCUGGAAGAAGGACGCCGAGGAGAGGCCCACCUUCGAGUACCUGCAGGCCUUCUUGGAGGACUACUUCACAGCCACCGAGCCUCAGUACCAGCCUGGGGAUAACCUCUAAACACCCGCAGUCCCCACCCAAAAAAAACACAAAAAAAAACACCCGCUGUCCCCAUGUCCUCCCCCUCCAACCCUGCGGCCCUUCAGGGCUCAGGUGGAACUGCUGCUGGGGGCGGGGCUGACUCCAGAAGUGCUGUGUUUAGAUAAGAAAACCCAACAGACUGUGGAGCAGCCAGGCUUCUAGUUCCAGGGAUCUGUUCAGCUUCCUCAGCUCAACUCGAGCCUCUCAGAUUUUCCUUCCUGCAAAAAAAACAAAACAAAAACCCGACUCUCUGACUCCCCGGGUGUCUGAACCCGGCAGAUGAAGGCUCACAAACUGAAGUGGGACGUGGGAGGUGAGGGGGUUGAGUAGAGGGGAGCGCUCAUGCAAAGAAAUAACCUGUAUUCUCUGUAAAUAAGAAAAGCUUGUUUUAGUUUGUCUGCCUCUGUUCCAGAUUUUAUUUUCUCCUGCACAAAAAUAAUUAUGAAAAGAAAAACAGCAGGGAGAGGAGCAGCGAGCAGCGCAUGGAUCAGGCAGAAGCUCCAGUGUUAUUUUUUAAGAUUAAAUCUGAUGCCUCAUUCUAUUUUUUUUCUGUCUGGAAAGAAAAAAAUCCUCCCGUAAAUCAUGGCCUCAUUACAGAAGAGGAUUUAGGGCCGGUGGAAAAAAUAAAAAAAUAAAACAUUCUGACUUUUUUUAGAUUAAAAUGGAAAUUCUGAGGAAAAAAGUCAGAAUUUUGAGGUUAAAGUCAGAAUUUUUUAUUUCAAUUUUUUUGAGUGGGCCUAAUCUUUGUACUUCAUCCCUAUUUGUAUUUUGAUUUUUUUUUUUCUUGUAGAAGCGCACAGAGCUUCAAGAAGUUCUGUGCGCUCCUUAAUGAUGAUUAUGUUUCUACCAAUCACAGCUCGGCCGUGCUGCUUCUUCUCUUUCUGCUCUUUGGACCAUGUGUGAGCAAAGAGGAGUCUGCACAUGUUCUUCUUCUUAUUUAAGUGUUCUUUUUUUUCUUCUUCUUCUUUUGGUACAGCUGGGAGAGAUGUCC